AUGGCCACACCCCAGCGGCCUUCCGGCCUGAUUGGCAACAAAGGCAUAGAAUUGCUUACGGCAGGCACUCCCAAUGGUUUCAAGAUCUCAAUUUUGCUUGAGGAGCUCAAGGAAGCUUAUGGCAAGAAGUACACGUACCAAAACCUCGACAUAGUGAAAUAUAACGAUCAGAAGGAGCCGUGGUUUAUCAAGGUGGGCCCGAAUGGCCGCAUUCCUGUCAUCAUCGAUCACGACAAAGGCGGGUAUGCUGUUAUGGAAACCCUGGCCAUUCUCAAUUACCUGGCCCACCACUACGACACGGACCAUAAAUUCUCGUUUGAAGAUCCGCUGGACAUCUGCACUGCAGAACAAUGGAUGGCGUGGCAGCAUGCUGGUCUAGGCCCAAUGCAAGCGCAGGCCAACUUCUACUACAGAUUCUGCCCUGAGCGCCAUGCCUUUCCGACGCAAAGAUUCUUUGGUGAAACCGAAAGGCUAUAUGGCGUGCUUGAAGCCCGCCUCGCCAACCGCGAUUAUAUCGCGGGCCCUGGGCGUGGGAGUUAUAGCAUCGUUGAUAUCGCUGUAUGGCCAUUCAUCAACUCGUCUCCUGCGACUGGUAUAGACCUUGAGAAGUUUCCGCACAUCUACGGGUGGUGGGAACGAAUCGAAGAGCGCCCAGCAGUUAAGAGCGGCAUGAUGGUUCCUAGUGGACGGGAAUUCCCGUACGGGUAUAGAGCAGUCCAGCAAAGAGUGAAAGAGGACCCACAGGGUGCAGAACAGAGCGAGGGGCAGCUAAGGGACGCCUUGGUAAGAGCGCAACAACAGGUUAAUUAUGUGUAUCAGAGUCCCUGA